AUGAAUAAUAAUACCACAAAUAAUCUUCCAACCUCCCAUCAUUUGAAAAAUUUGAAACAACAAUAUAAUGAUAGAAAAUUGAUCCAUUUAAUAAUAGACCUAAUUAGAUUUAAUGACCAUGAUACAUUAGCUUUUAUUGCUAGAACUUUUGGUAUUCCACCACAAUUGAGACAUUUUGUCUGGCCAAUUCUGUUGAAAUACCAUCCUAUGUGUAUAUCUCCAAAUAUUGUCUCUAAUUUGGUUAGUUGGGAUUCACAGAGUAGGACUUAUAAAUAUAUUCAAACCCCACAUAAAAGAAAUAAACUAUUCAAUUCUAAUUCUAAUUCUAAUUCUAAUCCAAAUAGUAAUAGUAAUAGUAAUAGUAAUAAUAGCCCAACAUCUAAUCCAAACGAAGAUUUAGAAUAUAUAAUUAUUCAUGAUUUAAAAAAAUAUUUUCAUUCAAGAACCAACAAUCGUACAGCAGCCAUCAAAACUACAACAUCAAAAGCAAUGACUGCUAAUAACUGCCUUUCGCCUUCAUUAAAUACUAUACUUGAAAAUGAUUACGCUUUUAAUCCAACUAACUCCAUUAACCAAGUGAAUAAUAAUAUAAAUAAUAGCCCUACCAUGACGAAUUCAAUAAAUAGUGCAACUAAUAAUGUUCAAGCAAAAUAUUAUGAGAACCAUAUUAUUAAUCUAUUAAAGGACGCUAUUAUCUAUUUUUUAAACAAAUGGUCUUCUAUCUUCAAGUAUGAAACUGGCUUGGCUUGGGUUGCAUUAGGUCUCGCUGAGUGGUUUCCAAUUAUGGGAUCUGCUCAGAACCCAAUCAUCUUAACUGGUAGAAUACAUUCUAAGGAUCAAAAGGAACACUCUUCUUCCUCAACAUCAUCAUCAUCACAUCUCAACAACGAUCCACCCCACAUAAAUGAUUAUGAACAUUGUAAUAUUAAUAGUUCUAAAGAUUAUAUCGAUUUUUCAUUUAAUUAUGGAAGUGACUCGAUCAAUAAUCUAUACAAGGAAUAUCCUUUGCCAAAGAGACUUAAAGAUAAAUUACCAAAUGAGUAUCAAUUUCAAUUUAAUGAGAUGCUCGAAAGAUUAUUAUUGAUCAUAUUACAUUGCCCUGAUACUGUUUUAGCUAAAGAUCAAAUCAAUAAAAAAUUCCCAGAACAAUCUUCUAAUAUGUCGAAUUAUUUCCCUAUUUUAUCUGGUGGUGAUUUAACAUUUCAAUCACAGAUAUUUUUCAAAAUAUUCUCUUCAAUAUUACCUGAAUUAUAUCAAACUUUAAUAGAAGAAAAUAAUUUCCCACAGACAAGCUCAUCCAGGAAUACAUGGCUAUAUUGGUGGAUCAAAUUCUCUGGCGCAAAAGUUUUACACAGACAAGAUAGAGGAAGAUUAUGGGAUAUUCUUUUGGGUUGGAGACCUAAACCAAAUAUGGAUAGUAUCAAUUUUUAUCUGAAUUAUAAUACAAAGAUUUUUGAUCAUAUAUAUAAAAUAAAUCCAAUUGGCUUGAAUAAAUUAUAUGAUCUAUGUCUAGGGAAUUCAAGCACAACCAUAUCUAAAUCCAAAAAUAAAAAGCGUAAUACUAAUUCUAAUAACAGUUAUCAUAAUAGUUUAAAUAUCAACAGAGGAGAUUCCAUAAUUACAAACAACUAUGGUAUGAUUACCAAAUUAAAUCAUUUUUGGUUUCCAGAUCUAAAUAGUGUUCCUUUUGGUAGUCCUGAAUAUCCAUUUGAUUAUAACAUUUUUAAAGAAUUAUUGUCAAGAAAUAGAUAUGAAAAUUCAAAUGCCACAACAACAACAUCAUCAUCCUUGUCCAAGAUAUCAACAACAACGUCAUUUUCAUCCAAAAUUAAUCAGAUAAAGAGUUUCAAUUCACUAUCCUCAAUAUCAUCUACAACUUCCUCUUCUGUUUCAUUAACUGAUAUGUCAACAUCAAGUGAAGAAGAUAUGUUAGAAAAUGAGGAUAGUUGUAGUGAUAAUAAUAAUUCUGAUAAUCAUAAUGAUAAUGAAGUUCCCAAUGAGGAAAACUAUUCAUUAAUUUACUCAUUAAUUGACCCACAUAUCGAAAUUUUAUUUAUUUAUAUGGCAAUUUUACAAUAUAAUGAAUUUAGAUUAUUGGAAUAUGAGGAGACUGAAAUAUCAGAAUUUACAAAUAAUAUCCCCAUGUGUUCACGUACCGAUGAUUUUAAUUAUCGCCAAUUGUAUUUAAUGGAAGAAUUAAAUACCGGUACUAAAACUUCUAAAGUGGCUGACAAUGAUCUAUUGUCACUUAACAAGAAAACAGUAAAAUCGUACUCGAUAUCUACAGCUUCUCUUCCGUCAAGACUCUCAGGUCUGAAAAAUGAUAAAAAUAAAAAACAACAAGUAAAUCAACAACCUCAUAACCAUAUUCACCGGAGAAAAAAUACUAAUACUAAUAGCAAAUCUCAUAUGUUUAUCGAAGUUGGUAAUGAUGCAAAAGCCACCCAUUCAUUUAAUGAUUUAUUGACCAUUGCAGGUGAUAUUUGGAGGAAAUGGUUGUGGAAAGAAUUGGAAGAGAAUUUAAAUAGUGAGUAA